AUGCGCCCUGAACUCCGAGAAGAAGAGAAUAUCUUCACUGAUAUUGGCGAUACUGUGAAGAAGCUUCUUCCUGUUGUUGAGAAGGUCGGUUCAGCAGUGAUUAAGGAGGCACUGGAGCCUCUUCUUCGCCUUGACUUAGACGAACUCAGAAAGACCGCCACUGGCAGCAUUGAAGGCAAUAUCGAAGACAACGCUAACGGCUUUCCUUCUCUAAAAACCACAUACCGGCCUUCAAGCACCAAGAAAAUCUCAUUUAUCUCUGCGGUUUCAGACGCAAAGAAUAAGAAAACACAAAAAUUCAUCAAACAUAUUGCAACAGAGGGUGUUUGGGAGAAUGCUGAAUUCAAAUGGCCCAAAAUCAAAGUGAAGAUUCCGCCAUGGGUUGGACCCUUAGUUCUUGAAGGGGGAAAAUUACUCCUUGGAGCGCUAGCGGAAACCGACUUAGAUGAGAGCGAAUUGUCUCUCUCUAUUGAAUUUCUCCCUCUCCGGGCUAUAGUCUGUGAAGCUGCGCUUCAGACAAUUCUACAAAUUCCGGAGGAAAAGCGCGAAGAGACCCUCCUCUUCGAGCUAUUGAGGGAGGUUGUGAAGAAGCACGGUCCAUCUAUUAUCAAGGUUGCUCCAGGGGUUAUUAAGAAAGUAUCUCCUGUUUUGGCAGCUAUUGCUAAUGGGGUAGGAAAUGAUAGGACUGGUCAGCCAAGGUUAGGUCUGCCUAGCAAGAAGACGAAUACCAGCAAGAAGGAUAUGUCAAAUGCCGAGAAGGUCUUUUUGAAAAACUUCUGA